CACGAAAAGGAGACGAAUACGUUUUUAUCCAAAGUUCAGAAAUUAGAAAUAAAUGGUCCAAAGGGAGCAACAAACAAAUAAGUUACCUGCCUGGAGAGAGUAAUUCCUGCUGUUGUGGUUGGUGUUUUCCUUAGGUGGUGGUUCUGGGCUUGGAUGAUGGCUGACCUCUAACCUUUGAAGCCCAACUCAGAUUCGCUGCUCGCUGGUGCAAACGAUUGACAAACAGACCAACGCGUUCAUCAGAGAAGAUAAGGUUAGAACAGCAAAACUAAAGUUGGCCGAACAUAGACUGUCAACUGUCAAACCAGCAGCUUAUGAUGUCUGAAGCCUGCGUUGAGCCUGCUCUAACCCGCAUGUCCUUCCUGUUGCUAUGUAUUUUGGGUAUGACCUUGGUGACAUCCGGCUUCCCUCAGCCUCGACUACCUCUCAGAUCCCAAAAAUGGGUCGGUGUCAUUUUAUCUGGUUCCAGAAGUGCUGACAACUCAGUGGGAACUAAACGACACGACCGGGACAUCCUGUACCCUUCCAUCUCUCUUCGUGAUUGGAGCAUUCAGAUGAUGUCAACGCCCAGCCUCGGAGCAGCAGCUGACAGCAAGGCAGGGCUGAUGAAGGAGGCGUGGCUCUUUGACCCAGAGAGGACAGAGGCAGGAAUAGAAAAGGUGUGGCCUGCUGAAUGGUCAUCUCAGGGAGCCGGGAUGGUGAAGAGGAACAUGGUGGUGGCUGAUGAUGCUGCUUUCAGAGAGAAGAGCAAGCUCCUCACCUCCAUGGAGAGACAGAAGUGGCUCAACUCCUACAUGCAGAAAUUACUGGUGGUGAAUUCUUCAUGAUCAUUCAGUUCUUACAGCUCCUAAAAAAAAAGAAAAACAACCGUCUGUACUGUACACUGGCAACAUGCCUUUUAAAAGGGAUGCACCAAGUCUCUGAAUGAUUGGUCGCUCAGUCAACAUACCACACAUUAAGG